AUGUUCACAAAUACAAAAACUUAAAAUACUUAUUUGUAUACAAAUUAGUAAAAAAAUAGACCAAGUAACUAGAAGGAAAGUAUUUUUUAAUGUGAGAGUCAAUCUGAAGGUUAAAAUAUUGAACAAUAUGGUUUAUAAGAAUAGCAAAAAUGCUAGGAUAACCAUAACUUUUUGAUUUCGCAAAGUAGACUUAAAUAAAAUAUUAGAAAUGAAGAUACUGAUGAUGAAGUAAGCUGGCUUUCCUAAUCAAAUGUAUCUUCAGCCAACUAGAGAUUUUAAUAUUAGGAAAAAAAUGAAUUAUAUGAGGAUAAAUAAAUAGAUUUGAUAAAUGAUGAAUCUGAGAUAAAAUUUGGUAUUUAAAAUAAUUCAUAAUUAAGUUAAGAGCAUAGUAGGAAUGAAUUGAUGUAAUAAUCUCCUCCUCCUCAAAAAUAAUUCUAAAGAAAAUCAACUUUGAAAACCAAAAAGCAAAGUGAUUUUAUAAAAUAGAAAUCUGGAAAUUAUAACAUAGAGUCAGCUGGCUGUGUAAAAAGAAGGUAACUUUUUGAGCUUGGAUUUGCUUCCUCAGAAAGAUAGGCAAUAAAAAAAGAUGGGUUAGAAGAGGAAGAAAAUGAUUUAGAUUUUACAUUUGACAUAGAAGAAGCUACUACUGAAAAUAAAAGAAAACACUAAGAAGAUUUAAUAUAUGAUAGCAGUUAAAUUAAUUCUAAGAGUGUUAAUAAAGAUAUUUCUGAGUUCAACGAUGAUUCUUUACUUGAUAGUGAACACAAUAAAAAAGAGAGUUCAUAAAAAAAUAAAAAUAGCUAAAGUAGAAGUUAGGUAAUCAACCUUAGCAAUAAAAAUAAUCGCAGAUAUUCAGAGAGAUUGGCAAUUAAUUUUAUUCCAAGAAGUGAAAAAAGACAAAAAACAGAUAAUUCUUCUUAAAGUUAAUAGUUAAUUCCUUUGAAUGAAACAUUUGAGAAUAUGUAAGUUAACAACAAGACUAAUAUAUUUAACAGAAAUAAUGUUUUCGAAGAAGAUAAUGUUUAAGAGCAUUCAUAAAGAAGAAAAUCUAAAUUCCUAGCAAAUUUAAAACUAAAAUAAAGCAACUCACCUGUUUUGAAUAGUUAAGUUGAUUAAUUCUCUCCAAAUGUUGACAAGUUAAAUUUAAGUUUUUUUUCAUCUGCUACAAUAUAAGAUGAAAUAAAGACUAAUUAAUUAGGAGAGCUAAAUACUCCGAUGGCAUCUCAAUUAGCUGAAAAUAAAAGUCCUAAUAAUACUAGUGAAUUAAAAUGGAAGCUUGUAGGAGUGGCUUAAAAAUUCUUUUUUAACUUAAUUACCACCUUGAGUUAUUUAAUUUAAAACGAUGAAUACAAGCUUAUUUAAUGGAUAUGCAUGCUAAGAGUCUUUCAGCUUCCAAAAUUAAUAGGUAUGGUUGAUGAACAUUUCUAGCUUUAGUAAAAAUAUAAUACUUUCUUCGAAUUAAUAAAACUACUCCUAUUAGUUGUUUUAAUGGCUCAUUUUGUUGGCUGUGGUUUUCACUAUUGUGCAUAAUCUGAAAUUUAAAGAGGAAGUUAGCAUACUUGGCUGAAUUAGUAUGAGUUCGUUAAUGAAGAGGUUUAAUUUAGAUACAUAAAUAGCAUUUACUUUGCAUUUAUAACUAUGAUAACUGUCGGAUAUGGAGAUAUAGUCCCUAUAUCAUAUCUUGAAAAGCUGUAUGUUAUUAUCAUAACAGUUAUAAGUAGUGGAUUGUUUGGUUACUCAAUAAAUACAAUAGGAGCGAUUUUUCAAGAAAUUUCGAAACGAGAGAGUGAUUAUAAAUAGCAGAAAUAUGACAUAAAUAUAUAUUUAAGCAAUCGAUAGAUUAGCAAAAAAGUUUAACUCCAAAUUCUCAAAGCUAUUGAGUAUAAAAAUAUAUCAUAGGCUAAUAAGCACUUGAGAGGAGAAGAAAUUCUACAAAAUCUAUCACAUAACAUAUAAUCUGAAUUUAAAAAGGAAUUUUUCGGAAAAAUACUUUCAAGCUGUAAAGCUUUUUAAAAUAAUUUUAGUCAAAAAGCUAGAGAUCAAUUUUGCUUGUACAUGAAGGAAAAUAUAUUUUAGCCAGGAGAUUGCAUAUUUUCAGAAAAUUAACAAACUGAAAAUAUUUAUUUUAUUUAUUAAGGAGAAGUCUAAAUCUUUUAAGAAAUAAGCAAUGAAAGAAGGAUAAUUGGGGUAGCUAAAAAUGGUGACACUUUGGGUAUGUUUAGCUUCUUUACUUCUUAUCAUGAAUAGAUUGGAGCUAUUAGUUCUGAAACUUCUUACUUGGCAUAUUGUAGUAAAAAAGAUUUUUUAUCUGUAUUGAAGUAGCAUCCUAGGGACUACGAAAAUUAUUGCAGAAUUAGGGAUAAUCUUACAAUCUAUAAACGAAGCACAGAAUAAGCUUGCUUUAGUUGUGACUAAAGGGGACAUGAAAUACUGAAAUGUCCGUUUUAUGAUAAGCGAAGAGAUCCUCUUUUAACGAUUUUCAGAUAUAAUGUAGAUAAACCACAGUAAAGGUAGAAAAAAACAAGAAGUUGUUAAUAAAAAUUUAACACUCUCUCUAAAAAUAAAAUUGUGAGAAAAAUAUUGAGAGAAAUAAGAUGGCAAUGUAUUAAUGAUACAGACAAUGAAUUACAUGACAUAGAUUCUGAAGCGGAAAAAGAAAUCAUGAAUUCUAGUGAUUUAUAUUUUUAUUUGCUGGUGCCUCCAUUUCGAUGGGAAAACAACCAAAUAUAGAUAAUAGAUGGAGAAGAAGAAGAUGAUACCUUUUAUGAAUACUAUUAAUAAUUGAUAGAGGAUAUCGAUAGUUAAAUUAUUUAAGACAGCGAUAAAAUUAAACUGCAAAAUUCUAACAAACAAGCAAUUGAUACUUAUGAUGCUAAAUAACCAGUAAUUGAAUGUGAAGUUGAAACAAGUGACUCGGAUAAUGAAAAUAGUAAAUAAAGUGUAAAUAAAACUGGAAAAAUUAUGACAGAAAAUAUUGUAACAAACACAAUAUCAUAUAAAACAAUAAAAACAGAAUAAAAAGAAAGCCUCAAUUUUGAUGAAUUAUCGUCAGGCUCUUCUUUGUAGUUAUCUCAUUAGCAGUUUUUACUAAUUAGGUAAAAAGCUAAGGAGCUAUAAAAUUAAUUGUAUUAGAAAACCUGCUCAUUAGAUUAAAAUCAAAGAUAAUUAAGUUUAAUAAACAAAAAAGAUUAAUUAAUUUACAAAUAAACGAAUGAUUCAGAGCAAAGGAGUUAAAGUGAAAAUAGUUCUAAGCAAAAAAAUACAAAUUUAUCUGAAUUAGUGAUUGAUUGUUCUAAAAGUGAUCUAAGUAAUCAAAUUAAUAGUUCUAAUAGCUACUCGAAUAUACCAUAAAUCGGAAUUAAUAAUGCAUCUCAGAAUACUUCCAUUUCAAUUAUACCAUUAAAUUAAAAAAAAGUAAACACGGUGAUGAGCUCAAUUAUUUAGCAAAAGUACAACUAGGUACAGCAAAAAAGGGGAAGCUAAGAUAAGACCCUCAUUUCAAAAAUGAAUUAAAUUUAAUAAAAAAAUUUUGUUAUCUCACCUCUUAUUUCAAUGAAUUAAGAUUAGUAAAAAUUGGAUGAAUGGCAGUAUUCAGAGUAAAUGUAAAAAAUAGACUAAUUAAUUAACAAAAAUCAAAUAAUUGAAUAAAUAAAUUAAGAGCAUGAAUAGUUUAUUUAAUUAGAAUUAGAUAAUUAUAGAGAGUAUAAAUCUUAUUUUCCUAACAAUAACGUUUCAAAUGUACUAAAAGCUUUUGUAAAAUUCUAAAGAAAAAUAUAAGCAAAACAAGAUUUAAAUUAAAAAAUCAGAAAAAUCAAAGGAAGAAAAAAUGCACAUAAACUUACCUUGGUUAAUUUACUUAAAAAGGAUUUCUAAUUCAAGUCUCUUUUCUCGAAUUAAAAUUAAUGA